GCAGCAGCCCACACUGUGCGUGCCCACGAGUGUCUGCCGUUGCAUAGCCAAUUCACUUGCCUCAUCUUACCUCUCUCUACAAACUUUGGCUACCCGUAUCCUCCAGCAAGGGAAAAGAAAACACACUAGGCUACGUCCUCCAUGCCUCAGAUUUGAUCUCCAUGGAGCUAAAAGGAUCGAAUAAAGCCUAAUAACAAAUGGAAGUGUUCUCUUAGCCCAUUUCAUUCGUAUUGUGGGGUGGUCAAGCGUUUCCAAAAUGGAAAGCACUCCGGUGGAAAUCUUCAAAGGAGACAAGUGUCUUUCUGCGCUCGCCGAAGACUGUUUCAUUAAUUAUACUUGGCUGUCUGAAUCACAAACUCCCAAUAGCACCCAUAGCGACGAGUGGGACGAGGAACCCAUGUCCCCAAUCAUCCCCAUCAUCACCGCUGUCUAUUCCGUGGUGUUUGUGGUGGGCUUAGUGGGAAACUGCCUCGUCAUGUAUGUUAUAAUCAGGUACACAAAAAUGAAGACCGCCACCAACAUUUACAUAUUCAACUUGGCCCUUGCUGAUGCCCUGGUAACCACAACAAUGCCUUUCCAGAGCACAGACUACCUGUUAAACUCGUGGCCGUUUGGUGAGGUGGUGUGUAAGGUCUUCAUCUCCAUAGACUACUACAACAUGUUCACCAGCAUCUUCACAUUGACCAUGAUGAGUGUGGACCGCUACGUGGCUGUGUGCCACCCGGUCAAGGCGCUGGACUUCCGGACGCCCAUAAAAGCCAAGAUGAUCAACGUGUGUAUCUGGAUCCUGUCAUCGGCUGCAGGGAUACCUGCUCUUCUGCUUGGGGGUACACAAACAAACAAUGGCACUACAGAGUGUGCCUUACAAUUCCCUGAGCCCUACAUCUACUGGGACACUCUGAUGAAGAUCUGUGUGUUUGUGUUUGCCUUCGUGGUGCCUGUGCUCAUCAUCACCGUCUGUUAUUCUCUGAUGGUUCUGAGGCUGAAGAGCGUCAGGCUGUUGUCCGGUUCGCGUGAAAAGGACCGCACUCUACGACGCAUCACCCGCCUGGUCAUGGUGGUGGUGGCCGCGUUCGUGGUGUGCUGGACACCCAUCCACAUCUUCAUCCUGAUCAAGGCCCUGGUGAGCGUGCCCGAGACCACGGCCGUCAUGGCUGCCUACUUCUUCUGCGUGGCGCUGGGCUACACCAACAGCAGCCUCAACCCCAUCCUCUACGCCUUCCUGGACGAGAACUUUAAGCGAUGCUUCAGGGAUUUCUGUCUCCCAGCAAAGCUGAAGGGAGAGAGAGGCCCGGGGAGCAGUAAGGCCAGGAGCACUGUGAGAGAAGCUCCCCUCCCAAUGGAGAACCCAGACGGGACUAAACCGGCAUGACUAGCCAUGGAACUGUCUUCAAUCUCUCGGAUUGGAAAAGAAGACUCAAAUGAUCUAGGCCUGACCCAAGUGACAUCUGCAAUGUGAAAACUACAGUGCUAUAUAAAUUGCCCUUGUUGCUACAAUCAAAUUCAAGUCAUUAUGUCAUUUCAGAAUAGGCCUGUGGGCUAUGUCCAAGACAUAUGAGGAUAUCAUGCAUCACUGAUCAUUAUUUUUAAACGGAUAAGAGGGGUAUUGAAUGAAUUCAAGGACACCAAUUACAUUUAUUUGCACAUUUGUAUACAUUGAGUAAUUUGGACAUACAAUUGAUUUGCAGAUAACAUUCUCACCUUAAGGGAAUUACAAAAAUAAUACAAUAGAUUUUUAUUUUUACAUGCACUGUGUCAAUAUUAGCUAUUGCCAUAUUGUGUGUUAGAAUACAGCAGUCAGAUGACAGAACUCUAAGGUGUUUUAAAUUGAAAUUCUCAGGGAUGGCGGUUAGCGAUAUUUUGCCUUUUCAUCAUAAAUAAUAGAGAAUAUAGUGCUAAAAAGACAUUAUUAUGUUUGUAAUUAAAAUUACAUUUUCUUUUUCUUUUAUUAAUAUACGUUUUUAAUAUAUUUAAAUGUUUCAUGGACUGUGUAUAUAGUUCCUUAGGCCAGAAGUGCCUUAUGCAGUCCAGAUAUGGUAUUUUUCAGGCUGACAUCAAGGCGCUACAAUAUAAUGCUUGUUACAUUGUGUGCCUGGUGUAAAGAAACAUUACAAUUAGGGAACGUUAUGAAGUACAUUCAGUUACAUUUUCUUUUCAUCAUGACCAAAAGGAGUCAAUGAAACACUAUCAGUCAUAAUGCAACAAUCUGAAAUAUUUCUAAACAUUGUGUUGAUUAGCUCCAGUGUGUCAGGGUUAGAUGAUAAGUGGGACCUUUGAGAUAGACCGAAUAAAAAUGCUGUUGUUGACACAAUCACUGUUAUUGUGAGAAAUCCUGGAUUUAAUUGUUAUUUUGUAAUUUGACAGAGGGCUUUUUUAGCAACUUUGAUCUUGUGUCAAGUUGUUAAUCUUAAGAUAUUUUGUGCUGUUAAUUUGACUUGCGCCUAGUUACAUAUAUUCAUAUUAGAUUAUGAAUGUUCUUACCUUAGAAAAACAUGAGUAGAUCAAUGCAAUUCAAAACAUUUGGAUAUUUCCUUCAUGGACAUAUUGUGCACGUGGUUGAGUAUUCAGAUUUAUGUCAAAUACAUCGAUAAGUAAUAUACUUAUUCAGAAAUUGUAUAGUCUUAAAGUUGCUUUGCACAGACAUUAUAUGAAAUGUAUCAGUAUUUGUAGCAUGGCCAAUUAUUGGAACACAUGUACAGAUAUAAAUAUCAAAUAUUUUAAGUGUUCUUUGAUCAUACACAAAGUAAAUGCUUGGUGGUCUGUGCUUUUUGUUAAUGUUGUACAGUGACUCCCACUGGAUUUUGAAUGUAUAUUUAAAGACUUGUAAACGUGUAACUAAAACUCCAUUGACUUUUAGAGCCUGAUAGUACUGUGGUAACGUGAUUUAUUUUCAGAGGCACAGUCCAAGCAUACUACAGAUCGUCGCACCUAUUCUGCAGGUCAUUUCAGUUUUGUAAGGUUACAGUUGAUAGCCUUACAGGGAUGUGGACUUGUAAAACAAAUAUACAGGUUCUAACCCAACAAACAUUAUUUAGGUUUUAUUUGUCUCUACUCUUGACCAAUAUUACAGUGUUAACAUGUCAUUUUUGAUGUAACCUAAAUGUGAGUGUUUGUAGAAAGAUUAGUUUAAGGUAAUCAUUUAAGCUUUUAGAGGUGAUUCUGCAGUCUUCAAGUUAGUAUCACCUCACGUGAUCAACAUUUACAUUUAGUCAUUUAGCAGAUGCUCUUAUCCAGAGCGACUUACAGUAAGUACAGGGACAUCCCCCCGAGGCAAGUAGGGUGAAGUGCCGUGCCUAGGGACACAACGUCAUUUGCACGGCUGGGAAUUGAACCAGCAACCUUCUGAUUGGUAGCCCGAUUCCCUAACCGCUCAGCCAUCUGACCCCCCCAACAUCAAACACAAAUUUAUUAUCAUUAUUUGUAAGUAUCUGUGUUUUAUCAAUUAUUGCUGUUUUAGUUUUCUGUUACAUGCAGAGAUGAUAGCCUAC